CAUAUAGGGGAGACCAUGCUAGACUGAUCAACUCUUCAGAGAGGGAGCAUGGUGUUUGGGGUAGAAUUAGGGGCUGGGAGCCAGGACUCCUGGGUUCUAUCUCAGCUCUGGGAGCAGAGUGGGGGCUAGUGGGAUAAAGGCGGGGCAGUUGGGAGCCAGGACUGCUGGGUUCUAGUCCCAGAUCUGCAAAGGGAAAUUUAUUUUCAGCCACACCUGGGCCCUCACACCCUUGCUGGCCUGUUGCACCAUGACCCAGAGCGAACGUUCUCAGAACGGUUGGGUAACAUCAGACACUGGCUCUGCCCAGGUUCUGGUCACAGAUACAUGCAGAGACGGGUUCCCAAUAAACAAUCCAGUUAUCAGAGAGGAAGCAGCAGUGGAAGCUCUAGGGGGUGCAGAGCUGCAGGAUGGUCCAGGGGGGCUGAGUAGGAGGAGCUCUCCCCUCACAGUCAGGGCUGGUCCCAAUGCCCAACGGUGGCGCUAGGUGGGGCUGUGCUGCAAGGAUGGGGGCUCUGUAGUGGGUGCUCUCCGCUCACAGUCAGGGCUGAUCUCUGCUUCUGGGGCUUUGCUGUUCCCAGCUGAGAAACUGAACCCUGACCCUGCCCCCUUGUGCCUGUGCUACCCUUCCCCCACCUGGCUCUAUCCCAAGGGGUCAGAAUAUCCCCCUUGGGUCCCUGCCACACCCCAAAACGGUUUGUUCCGUUCCACCUCCCUGGCUCUCCCUGCGCAUGUCAGCUCCACAUAGGAACCGUCCUCCGGUCCUGCCCUGAAACUGCCCUCUGCGUUGCUGUGAGCUGCCAAACAGCUGCGUGUCCCUCCCCAGAGGUGGCUGCAUUUCAACCCUGAGGCUGUGAGCCCUGCACACACGGCCCGCAAAACACACUGGGAUGGAAAUGCAACCAGUCCUUGCUCCGUCAGGCCAAUCUCCGAGCUUUACUCCCUUCUGGUUAGGAAAUUCUUUUACGAAGGGCCUUAGGUGUAAAAUACCUGAUCACGCGGCCGAUCCCCCGGCCGGCUGAGCGCUCUGCGCUGGACGGAGAUGGCCUUGGUGCUGAUCCCUGCCUUUUGCCUUCUGAGCGGCGCCUACGCCCAGGAGUGGGGCGUGACACUCGCACCAGGGCCCCUCGCUGGAGGGACCGGCUCCUGUGUGACCAUCCCCUGCUCCUUCACCUACCCCGAAGGGUCGAUCAUCUGGGCCGUGAGCUGGAUACGGGACGGGGAUCAAAUUGUGUAUCACUGGAACGAUGCUCAUGUCCACGCUGCCUACAAGGGGCGCACCCACUAUCUGGGGGACCUGCAGCACAACUGCUCCCUGCGGGUGUCAGGGCUGCGCCCCAACGAUCAGGGCAUCUACCACUUCCAGUUCGAAGUAAUAGGCCCUGUCAGGAAUGAGGGAUGGAUAAGUCUGUUAGGACAGCGGCUUAAUGUCUACGGUAACCAACUUCUGUCCAGCAACCCCGGGUCACUCACGCUUGCUACACACGAGUGCGCACACACAGAGCAGGGCUCGUCACACACACACAAACCAUUUCUGCCUUGCUCUGAAAUCCAAGUGGGAGCCAAGAAAACUGGGUUCUCUCCCCAGCUCUAGGGGAAGCGGGGGGAGUGGUUAGCGCAGGAGGAACUUGUGGGUCAGACUCCAAGGCUGUUGUCAGAUCCGUGUCCCCAUCACUCUGUCUAACCCUUGGCCUGUGCUGAAGAUUUGCUGAGACUGACCCUGUAGCCAGCGUAAUGCAGCAGGCGUGAGGGGCUCUCGAGUGGAGCCUAUAGUGGGACUGGCACCCUGCAGGACCCCCCCCCCAAAACAGCGGGAGCGGGUAAAAUGUGCUUUGUUGUGGGUGGCAAACAAACAGGUUGCGUUAAUUGACUGGAAAACACUAAAUCUCAUAAAUGUACCAAGAGUCGCCUACUGGGGAAAUUGCUAAAUAUUUUGUUUCAGCUUCUCUUUCCUCUCCAUGUUUAUCUCCCUCGCUCCAAACCUGGAGAAAUGCACUCGCCCAAGUCAGGUCAGUCUGGUUCUGUGAUAACAGGAGUUGAAGUGUGUUUGUACCUGGUUCAAGCAAGAUUUGUUUUAUUCUUUCAGUGGUAAAAAUUGUCUCUGAAUUCCGUUGGUACAGAUCAGAUCUUCAUCCAGCGGUUUCUGUCUGUUGGUUGGUUGGUUUCAGCAGCCUGGGGGAAUCUGUCUCUCUUGCGGGAUUUGCGGGAUCUAAGGUUGUUGUGGCUGGAAGGGGGAUGAAAAUACAAACACCAAAGCAGGGAAAUUGAGUAACAGGAACAGGACAGAAUUAAAAACAAUCCUACUUAGGUCUCUAGUCUGAGACCUGAUGUG